GAUUGUGAUGCUGGCAUGUCCAAUAACAACGGACUUAUAGUUCCCAAUCAGGAGCAAGAUUCUGAGCCAGAGAAGGACACCGAGGAUGAUAAUUCCACCUCUUCCAGUCCUCCAUUACCACUCUGCAGUCCUGACUUUGGCUCAGAUUUUGCCAAUAACAUACAGGGUGCUGAAGGACCAUCUAUCAGCCCUGUUGAGCCCAGAUCUCCCUCACUUGGAAAUUUCAACCUGGGCCCAGUGUUGGGAGAAGGAGCAUUUGGGAAGGUAUUCCUAGCCGAGCACAAAAACACCAAAGAACUAUGUGCUAUCAAGGCCCUGAAAAAAGAGGAUAUUUUGAAAAGGGGCAACUUGGACAGUGUCUUCAAAGAGAAGGAAAUCCUCCAGAGGGUGAGUUCUGCCGAACACCCGUUCCUAGUGUCAAUGCAUGGAACCUUCCAGACGGAGUCUCACCUAUUUUGUGUGAUGGAAUAUCUCCCUGGAGGUGACAUGUAUGAAAUUGUAACAUCCGUGGAACUGCAAGAACCUGAAGUCAUGUUUUACACCGCAUGUGUCGUUCUUGGCCUGGAGGCAUUACACCACCUUGGCAUUGUCCAUAGAGAUAUAAAGCUUGAGAAUUUGCUGUUGGACCGGGAUGGCUACCUUAAGAUCGUAGACUUCGGCCUCAGCAAAGACAGAUUUGGAUACAGCGACCGCACUAACACCAUGUGCGGCACAAAAGCUUACAUCGCCCCCGAGAUCUUCCUGAAACAUGGAUACGGCAUGCCCGUUGACUGGUGGGCCCUAGGAAUCACCACCUAUAUAAUGCUCAUGUGUGAGGUAAGCACAAUUCCUAUAUUAUCAACUUACAUUGGGGAAUCAUUGGGGUUCAUAUUGAAACACAUCUCUUAGGAAUGUUGUUUCGCUAAAGAAAUAAUGAUUCACUUUUUCAGUUACCAUUCAACAACGAAGACCCGGUUGAGCUAAUGCAGAGCAUCGUUUACGACAACAUCGAGUUACCAGACUAUGUAUCAGAGGAUGUCUCUGCAUUUAUAAAAGAAGUAAGUUGGCCCCAGCAAAUCAGUAUCAUGUGCCUUUAGUCACUUUUUAUACUAAGGGCAUACAUGCUGUAUAGUUAUUAUUAUUACUACCAUGAUAUAAAUAUGGCCUUUAGUGUGUUUUAGUGGCAUUUACAGGCUUUCACUGAACUUUACAAUAUGUAUUAUUACCCCAGAGAGUCCCUUCUAUUCCAUAGGGUCAGGCUAUGAAUGUCAGGAGCAGCGGGUACUCAGUUUAGUAAAGGGGUAUUACUGAUAAUGGCUUGUCCCCUAAAUACAGAACUUAAUCUCUGGUUCAUAUAAGCAGUUAAUAAAUUAAAUAUGAGCUUAAUUAGUCCAUUCAAGCAGUUACAUAUGCAUAUGGUUACUUUCUCUAUGGGGUUGGAAAAUUGCUUGUAUUUCCUGGGUGGAUACUUUCCCAGUAGAAUAAUAAAAUAGACAUAAACAAUAAUGAUUUAACAACGUUUGUUUUUAUAUUUUGUAGCUUUUAGAAAAAGAUCCAGAAUAUCGCCUCGGUUCGGGUGAGGCUGGUGCAGAAAUGGUGAAACAGCACCCCUUCUUCAAAGAUAUGGACUGGGACCAUCUAGUACACCGAAGAAUAAGGCCUCCAUUUGAACUGGACAACCAAGACCACCUGGAGAGCCAAGAGAACCCUGAAUGCCAAGCUCCAGCACUGACACCGCCUGCUGUAAGGAUUCCAUCAGAGCUGCAAGAGGCAUUCAGAGGAUUCUAAAUGAACAUCAAAUAAGUAGACGGAAUAGAUGGGGAGGGUGGAGGGCCAGUCCAUAUCUAUAGAAGAAGUCCAUUCAUGAAGAUCAGAGAUCUAGAAUAUCGAAGAUCCAGAAUACCUAGAAAGAUCCAGAACAUCGCCUCGGUUCGGGUGAGGCUGGUGCUGAAAUGGUGAAAGAGCACCUCUUUUUCAGAGUAGGUUUCUAUUCUAUUUAUUUUGAUUUACAGACAAAAAAAGCACUAAUGAAUAUUGCCAGAGCCUCAAAAUGCAUUAUAACUUUUUUUUCCAGCAAUUCUAGUUUUUGGACUAGAUACUUAUUAUGAAAUAUCACCUAUCUUUCAGGGUAUGGACUGGGACCAUCUAUUACACCGAAGAAUAAGGCCUCCAUUUGAACUGGACAACCAAGACCACCUGGAGAGCCAAGAGAACCCUGAAUGCCAAGCUCCAGCACUGACACCGCCUGCUGUAAGGAUUCCAUCAGAGCUGCAAGAGGCAUUCAGAGGAUUCUCAAUGAACAUCAAAUAAGUAGACGGAAUGGAUGGGGAGGGUGGAGGGCCAGUCCAUACCCAUAUAAGAAGUCUAUUCAUAUAAAGUGACGAUCAGGUGACCCACCUUAAUAAGUUCUGACUGAGUAGGCUAAUGUAGGAAUAGUCUGCUCAUGGUUUGUAACAUAUUCCAAAACUUCACCUGUAUAACAGGCAAGUAAGAUCUAGAAGCAAGGUGAGAAACUGUAUUUUUAUCAUUGGUAGCACCCGAGCAGCUGAGAUUUAGGCCCAAAGCCUAAUAUAGGCUUAUAGAAGAGCAGGCCAAGACUCCCUGUGGUUUGGGAUAAGUGACAAACAGGAAAGUAAAACCUGGCACCAAGUUAGCAAACAAACCAAUAGUUGGCACUACCUCACAUUGUUUGUAUUUGCUUUCUGGUAAGGUUGUAGUUGCCACCUUGGGAGAUCCAGAGAAGAGGAUAUUGAAGAUAUUAAAGAUGGUUACCAUGUUUAUCUACGCCAAGAUAUGAGACAGCGUGGCAACAGUCAAAGGAACUCUUAUUCUGUAAUGAAGAUCAUGGAUCAUAUACUGAACAUUGUACCAAACACUCACUGGAGUCCGUGUAAAGAAAGAAGCCUGUACCCCACCUGCCUAGUGCCACCCACUUUUCCUACUCCAAUAGGCACUAUUUCAUAUAUAACUUGUUUGUUCUGCUCACAUUAUGUAUAUAAUUAUACAAAUACAA